CCGAAAGUCGUGUAAAAAGUUGUAUCCGGUGGCGGAUACCGCGCGAGUGUGUGGAAUUUCGUUUAUAAAUACGGUUCGGAGAGCGGCGGCGGGAGCCUCGGGCGCUGGGCGUCGCGCGCGCAGCGCUGCGGGUCGCGGCGCGGCGCAGGCAUGCGCGCGCGAUGAUCUUCACCGGCGGGGGGCGCCGCCGAGCCUCGCCCGCGCCCGCGCCCGCGCCGCGCGCGCCCAGGCACUCCGCCCAGCGACUCGCGAAUGACUGGUUGGGAGGUGGAGGCGGGGGCGGAGGCUGGGGCGAGGGCGCGGACGGGGGCGCGGGGCAGCGGUUCUCCCGCGGCAAGUGCAUCACGCAGCGGCGAGGCGCCAUCAAACACAACAAAGUGCACGAAGUCAACGGGCAUCGAUUCGUGGCCAAGUUCUUCAGGCAGCCGACCUUCUGCGCGUUCUGCAAGGAAUUCCUAUGGGGCUUCGGCAAGCAGGGCUACCGGUGUGCGGUCUGCCAGACUGCGGUGCACAAGCGGUGUCACUGCAAGCUGCUGGGGAAAUGUCCAGGGUCGUCGGCGCAGUCGGCGUCUACUGUGUACCUGCGCGAACGCUUCAAAGUGGACGUACCUCACCGGUUCCGUCCUCACCAGUUCAUGUCUCCCACCUUCUGUGACCACUGCGGGAACCUGCUCUAUGGCUUCUUCAAACAGGGGCUCAAAUGCGAAGACUGCGAUGUAAACUGCCAUCGGAAAUGUGAAAAGUUGACAGCGAACCUGUGUGGAGUGAACCAGCGGCUUUUAGUGGAAGCUCUGUCGUCUAGAAGCGCCUCUGUCGUCUCUAAAAGAGGUGGCGAGACUCCCGGGCCGUCCGCGGCGGCGCCCAACACGCCCGACUUCCACGAGCAGGAGCUCGAGCAAUCGACGGCGUACGGGUUGUUCCGCAAAACGGGUCGCUUCACGCCGCCCGCGCGGUCUAUCCCUCGCUUCCGCAAGUACAACAUAGAGGACUUCCACUUUGUCAAGGUCCUUGGGAAAGGCAGCUUCGGGAAGGUGCUUCUAGCCGAGCUCCGAGACACAGAAUACUACUACGCCGUGAAAUGCCUGAAGAAGGACGUGGUUCUAGAAGACGACGAUGUGGAGUGUACGCUUAUCGAGAGGAGGGUGCUCGCCCUCGGCACCAACCACCCUUACCUGUGCCACCUUUUCGCCACCUUCCAGACUGAUUCGCACCUGUUCUUCGUGAUGGAGUACCUGAACGGCGGCGACCUGAUGUUCCACAUCCAACAGAGCGGGCGCUUCCCCGAGUCCCGCGCGCGGUUCUACGCCGCCGAGAUCGUCUCCGGGCUCAAGUUCCUGCACAAACGAGGGAUUGUUUACAGAGAUUUGAAACUGGACAACAUCCUUCUGGAUUUCGACGGGCACGUGCGCAUCGCCGACUUCGGCAUGUGCAAACUGCAGAUCUACUUGGAAAAGACCGCGGACACUUUCUGCGGCACCCCGGAUUACAUGGCCCCUGAGAUCAUCAAGGGCCUGAAGUACAACCAGACGGUGGACUGGUGGUCGUUCGGCGUGCUGCUGUACGAGAUGCUGAUCGGCCAGAGCCCCUUCAGCGGCUGUGACGAGGAUGAGCUCUUCUGGUCCAUCUGCAACGAGAUGCCGUCCUACCCGCGCUUCUUAUCGACGGAUUCUCUCAAUAUAUUAACAAGGUUAUUGGACAAGGACGCGCGUACGCGGCUGGGCGGCAUCGAGUGCAUGCACGGGGACGUCCGUGACCAGGACUUCUUCCGCCAGAUCCCCUGGGACAGGCUGGAGAGGCGGGAGCUCGAAGCGCCGUUUAAGCCGAAAGUGCGUCACCCACUGGACACGCAGUACUUCGACCGCGCGUUCACCGGCGAGCGGCCACGGCUGACGGCGGUGGAGCCCCACGUGCUACGUUCCAUGGAUCAGCAGCCGUUCCGCGGGUUCUCUUACACCAACCCUAACGCGACCGACCGCUAAACUAAACCGUAUCACUUAGUGGUUGAAUCUCUUUUGUCUAAGGGUCGGUUGCACCAAACCGUCCGUUACCGAAUUUAGCGCUCGCAAUUAUUCGGAAUUUCCAUAGACAUCUGCAGCGCGACAUUGGUGUAUUUGUUAGCUGUAGUUGAUGCAACUGGUCCUAAGUUUCGAGCCAUUGUCGAACCGGUAUGUGACCUCCGAUUUCGCGGGACUAUAUACUAAGACGAGUUCAGUGUCGAAACGUAAUGGUUCCUGAGUUAGAAAGACGUCAGAUUGACGAGGUGAAUUUGAUAGUUCUCAGCGUUUCAUAAACGAUUGAUUCGAAGUCGAUAAUUGUAGCUAUUAAUAAAGGAAAAUAUAGCUUAACAUGGUCGAAAAUAAUUAAUUUAGAAUAAAUUUUGAUGAAGUGACUUCUGAGAAUCACUUCUAUUGAGAUAAUUCGAAACUACAAAAUAUAGGAAAAUACCAAGUUGGUAGGUAGGUAACUGCUAUUUACCGAGCACUGCUUUUUAGAGAGAAACAAUUUCGUAAUCGAAAAUAUCAGGAUUGUCGUCCUUGAGUUAAAAAUAAGUUGAGGGCAGCUGGUAUUUAAUUGCUAUUAAAAGUGAAUAGCUAGUCUUGUUUUAGUCAUAAUUGUCAUAAAUGCGUAGUUAUUCAGUCAGCGUUCCUAAUACACUAUUAGGUGACUUUUGUAUGUGUAGGUAUUAUGUGUUCUAAAAAGAAAAUUUUAGUUAAUUAUUGAUAACUACAUAUCCUGUACAAUAUCGUUUUAUCUUUUAAGAAUUGCCCACACUACAAGGUCUCUUGCCUACGAUUAAUUAAAAAAAUAUUAAAGAUUGUCAUGUUUAUAAUAUAUUUAUUUAUAUGUGUGUACAUUAAAAAAUACUAUUAAAUAACAAAAAAAUGUAAUUAAUGCUCAGUCGACAUGUACAACAUACGUACGUAGCUUAUUACUUAUUUGUAAGUCAAGUGUCUGGUACACGCGUAGAAUAUAGAUUUUAAGUCAAUAGAUGUACACAGGAUACAUACUUAUACUUAGCUACAUUUUUAUUUUUAAUUAUAUUACGGCUUGUAAAUUAAAACAUGUAAGACGGAUAGCAACGACGAGAUACUGCAACUAUCAAAGAUGCAAUCAAUUCAGUCAAAGGCAGUAUUUACCCCAAUAUUUUUUUUUAAAACAAUGAUAGGUAUAGCUCUUCAUUGCUAGAAGAUACACGUUUUCAAAUACCGAUUUAUUUGUUUUGUUGUAUCUGAAAUAUUUAUUAUACAUUUCUGUCCUGUUGUACAACUUACAUUGUUUGUUAAAUACAUUUUUAUUCGUCUUUAGCUA